GUUUGUACCUGAUAGUCUGUAGUUAUAGUUCAGUGUUCAGUUCACUUUACCAAGAAUCUGGUUUCGUAUUUUGCACUGUAACACUUAUUUUGACACUGAAUGAUUUCAGUUGAUUUGCAAAUUUAUUCUGUAGAUUGUUAAGAGACUGUUGGGAUAAUUAUGGCUACAUAUGGCUACUUGGGGUGAGUCACAGAUGGAGGAAUAUCUGGUGGAAAAGAAGAGUGAAACCAGCAGCAGCAAAAUGAGUUCAUUGGCAGAGACCUCCAAAAAUCCCCAUAGACCUGAGGGUGAGGAGAGUCAGCAUGUCCACACUGGAGAAAGGCCGUACCGCUGUGACCAGUGCGAACGUUGUUUUCGUUAUUCAUCAAAUUUGAAGGCUCAUCAGCGUAUCCACACUGGAGAAAAUCGGCAUGUCUGUGACCAGUGCGGGAAGACUUUUAGGGGCUCGCAGGCUCUGAAACGUCAUCAGCGUAUCCACACUGGAGAAAAGCCGCAUCAGUAA